CAAAUUAAGCUCUAAAAAAAUAACUAAACUUCGGGUUAUUUUGAAAAUAUGGUUAUAAUCAGUUUUUUGGUGAAAAGUUGCUUAUAAACAACUUAUAAGCAGCUUUUUGUGAGAAAGAAAGUGGGUUAUAAUCUGGAAAGUGGAUUAUAACCCACUUCUCAAAAUAGGCCUUCUAAUUCAUGAUAGGAGUUUUACCGAGUAAAAAAUUAGACCAAUUUUAAAAUUUAAUUAAUGAACAUUCAAUGAGAUAUUUUGGUUAACCCAAGUUUGUUUUAUGCUAAAUCUCUCUUCUUUAUUUUUAUCAAUUUGAGGAUAUCAUGAAUAUUUUAUAAAGCACAUAAAACAUAUGAAUAGGUAUAAUUUUAUAAUAUUUGUAAUCUAUAUCUAGAAAAUCAUAUUUAUCAAUAUGUUUCUAUGUAUUGCGUUCCUAACAUUAUUAAUGGAAAUAACAUAAAGAAUCAUGUAUAAUUGUUUACGAAAGACUAGAAAAAUGGAUUUCAAAUCUACUUUCUCUACUGAAUUAAGAAGUGUGAUAAAAAGAUAAUCUAAUCAUCAGAUUGAAAAAGGAAAAAUGACAUAAUGACAUGAUAGUCAUCAAAUCAUUUUUUAAUUCACUAGAAAAUAGACAUUCCACAAUACAAGAGUUGAAUUUAGGGUAGACAUAAUUUUUUCUUGAUAUUUUUCUAUAUAUUAAUUUUUAAUCUCUAAUAUUACUUACUGUUUUAAAAAUAGAUGAUCUGGUUUCUCCAUAUAUACGUGACUGUUUUAAUGACAAAAAUGGGAGUCUAUACUAUAUAGUGUUUCAAUUACAAUCUGCUAGUCCUUGUAUACUAGUUUAAAGCACUAAUAUAUUGAACUCCCUCUUUUCUGCUAAAGGAGACCAGGGGCAAGGUAAGCAGGAUUUCAUUCCCCACAUAAUUAUCUAUUUUUUAUAUAUAUAUAUAUAUAUAUCUUUUUUGGACCAAUUUAUAAUUAGUUUUCCAUUUCAAAUUUAUUUGACAGGAAAAAAAAAUUGAAACUCACAAUUUAAGUUGUACAAUUUUAUUCACAAUGAUAUAACAAAUUAUGUGUCUAAUUUUUAAUUUAUCACAAACUAUAUCAUCUAAGACCUAACUCCGUUAUCAUAUAUCAUUAAGGGUGAAUUGCGAAACUUAAAUAGCAAGUGUUUAGCCUUUUUCUAUAUAGUACUCUUCGUCCAAAUAAAAUUUCCAUUAACAGUCAAUAAAUGCAUGAUAAAUGUCAAAUUUUUGUACCCAAGAAAUCAAUGUUGGUUUAUUUGAAUUGAAAUUUUCAAAGUGCUUUUGAUUCCCACCCCAGAGAUGUCAACGCCUGUCUCCGUCAGCAAUUUUUCGGCCGACUUCUCCAACCCUCUCCCGCCCGACAGCUUCAGCAACGCUGGGACAAUAGCUGUUGUUGUAAUAGUGUCUGUAGUAGUACUUGUAGUCAUCGUCAUUAUCUCAUUGGCUUGGGCUAGGAGAAUGAGAAGAAGAUCAAUUGGUCCAGAAUUGCCAACAACUGUGGCUUCACCACUGACCUUGAAUGUGGUUCCAGUUUGGGAAACCGAUGCGCCAACAAUGGAGAGUUUCGUCCAAGACUGGGAAAAGAAGAAACCGGUUAGAUUCACAGCCCAACAACUAUGUUAUUUCACAACUAAUUAUUCUACAAGGUUGGGUUCUGGAGGCUUUGGGAUUGUUUACAAGGGUCAAUUUCCAAAUGGAGUUAAGAUCGCGGUUAAGGUCCUCAAUAGGAAAUCGAAUACUAGAGGAGCAGAGGAACAGUUCAUGGCAGAGGUGAGCACGAUUGGAAGAACAUACCAUACAAAUCUAGUCAGGCUAUAUGGUUUUUGCCACGACAACUUUAUGAGCGCAUUGGUGUUCGAGUACAUGGAAAAUCGAUCACUAGAUAAACACCUUUUCAGUGAUACACGAGCAAUUGAGCGAGAGAAGCUGUAUGAGAUAGCGAUUGGGACAGCAAAAGGUAUCGCUUACCUACAAGAAGAGUGUCAACCGAUGAUCGUUCACUAUGACAUAAAGCCAGGUAAUGUUUUGUUAGAUGCCAAUUUUUCUCCCAAAAUUGCUGAUUUCGGGCUGGCAAAGCUUUGCAAUAGAGACGACACACAUGACUCUCCUGAAGGAUAUAGAGGGACUCCUGGUUACUCAGCCCCAGAGUUUCAUCUCAAGAACUAUCCCAUUACAUGUCAAUGUGAUGUUUAUAGUUUUGGCAUGCUUUUGUUUGAGAUAGUAGGGAGGAGGAGGAAUACCAGAGUUGGAGCUGAUGACAGCUUGGAUUGGUUCCCAAAACAUGUAUGGAAUGAGUUUGAGAAAGGCAAGUUGGGAGAGAUGACAUUGUUGUCAUGUGGAAUCGAAGAGAAUAAUAGAGAGAAAGCAGAGAGAAUGGCAAUGGUAGCUUUGUGGUGUGUUCAGGACUCACCCCACGCUAGGCCGCUGAUGAGUGUUGUAGUGAAAAUGUUGGAGGGAGAAAUAGAGGUGAAGCCACCUCCUAAACCAUUCCAUUAUUUGUAUCCAGACCAUACAAGCAGUUCAGACUAUACAAGCAAUGAAGAAAGUAAUACAUAUUGGUACAAGGACACCACUUCCAUCAUGGCUAAUUCUAAGAUACAAAUGGCCAGUUCAGGCUAAAGAAUGAGAAACCUUUGAAAUUUGUACCCUAAAGAAAAUAAAUGCCUUCAUUUUUUUUUCUUGGUUCGUCUUUCUUUAAUAAUGAUUUAUGAGAUGCAAUAUUACUAUAUGUAAUUUGUACUUUAAAAGUAAAAUGCUUGACUUUUUUUUAGUUUGUUUGUCUUUUAGGAAAAUGCUACAUUAGUGAGACUAUCAAAGGAGAUCAGUCUAAUUUACCCUUAAUCAUUUUUACUUGCCACUUAACUUG